CCGACGGCAUGGCUGGAUGGCCUUCGCGGAGUUGCUGCGUUUUGCGUUUGCAUCAUGCACUUGUCGGUCUUCACACACCAGGGACUGGAACUCUGCUAUGGUGCUGCAUACUGGUGGCAGACAUUCAACACAUCUCCCGCAGCAUGGCCAAUCCUUCGUCUUCCCUUCACUGGAGGCCACUUCAUGGUCAUCCUGUUCUUCACGAUUUCUGGAUACGUCGUCCCCCGAAGAUUGAUUGGUCUUCUCCAUGAAGGACGACGAGACGAUUUCAUCGAAGCACUCAAUGCCGCCAUGGUGCGCCGAAUGGGACGCCUUUUCAUUCCAGUUUGGUUCAGUACCUUGAUGCUCGCCUUCUUCUGGCACAUUACAGGCAUUACGACCGCAUUUCCCGAGCACCAGUCGAACAUCUUUUGGGAAUUAUGGGCGUGGUGGAAGGACCAAAUGAAGUUUACCUACUUCUUCCGAGGCGGCUUUCUCUUCACAUACUACAACGUGCACACUUGGACCAUUCCCGUCGAACUGCGAGGAUCUUUGACCCUGUUUGUCUGGCUCUUCUGCACGCAUCAAGUCGGCACGCGAUCCCGCAUCCUGUUGACAUUCGCAAUGACUUUGUACUGGGUCCUUGGAGCAGCAGGCGCUUGGUAUGGAGCCUUCUUUGCAGGUAUGCUUACUGCAGAGCUGGACCUACUCUCAGCAAGUAACCUCCACGUAUCCCUCCCUUGGGACCCUAUUUUCAGAUUCUUCAAGCGGAGACGAGUCUUGAAGGUCAUUCUGAUGCACCUUAUGCUGGUUUCUGGGCUUUGGCUGGCCAGUCAGCCGUCUUCUGACUCGGAGAAAAUGGAGGAGGUGCUCGGGAAAUGCGGCGCGUGGGGCACUCUGAUGAAAUUUAUUCCCGACUCAUACAAAGAAGGCAACACCACUUAUCGAUGGUUCUGGUUGUUCUGGGCCGCAUGGAUGCUUUUGGUCUCGGUCAAGGAGAUUCCAUGGGUUAGAUGGCUCUUCGAGACCGGCGUGGCACAGUAUCUUGGAAGACACUCUUUCUCCCUUUACCUGGUCCACGGUCCAAUGAUCGGUCUCCUCUCCGAUCGCCUCUUCUACCUGACGGGCGUCAAGAUCCCCUCGAACGAUGACGAUAUCAAACGUUUCGGACACCUCCAGAAUAAGUGGAAGGACGCUAGCUGGUGGUUCUUGCCCGAUGGUGGUCCGUAUGCUAUGGAGCCAAACUACCUCUUUUGCGUAGUGUUGAGCUUGCCUGUUAUGCUCUACGUCGCUGAGGUGGUCACUCGGACGUGCGACAUCCCUGGCAUUAAAAUCUCGAGAUGGUACUAUGCGAAG